AUGGGCUUGGAUGUAUUAUGAUGAUUAUAUACAAUCUGAUCCUAAUGAAGAAUGGAAAGAAAUAGAAUUUGAUUCGCAAAAAAUUCAAGUAUCCUCUUUAGGUAGAGUCAAAUUAUUAAAUGGUAUAAUUACACAAGGCUCAUUAAGUGGAAGGUAUUUUCGGGUCAGUAGUAGAUAUCAAAAAUAUAUAGUUCAUCGUUUAGUAGCAACGGUCUUUUGUCUGAAAGAGCAAGGUAAAAAUUAUAUAAACCAUAUUGAUGGAAUCUCCACUAAUAAUAGAGUUUCGAAUCUUGAAUGGUGUACACAAAAAGAAAAUAUGCAACAUGCUGUAUGUCUUGAACUUUGGAAUGGUUACAAACGUACAGUUAAGCAAAUUUCUGAUAAUGGAAUUACUCAAGAAUUUCUUUCAUUAAAAGAGGCAGAGCAUAUAACUGGAAUCAAAAGUCAAAAUAUUGGUGCAGUAUGUCAAGGUAUUAGAUCUCAAGCUGGAGGGUAUCGUUGGGAAUAUACAAUACACAAUAAAGAUUGA